AAAGUAAGAAAGCAGACUCGUGGGGAAAUGAAGUGCAAUUUCGUAUGGUUAUCCUUCUGCUAGACAUAUAAGUGAUAAAAAUCGAAUCUAAUCGAAUCUACUCCAUUUUAUGCAUAAGAGAGCGCAGAAAUAGCAAUUCUAAUUGUAAAAACCAGAAUAAACCAAAGACCAGCCAAGGAAUAGGAUAUUUUCUUUUAAACCUCUGCAUGGCCAAAGCGAGAUGCAUGUCGCAGACUUGGUAAGAUUAAAGCGGCGGACGGCAUUUUGAGAUAACAUUUUUUCGUUCUUUGAAAAUCUCUGCACAUAAAACUUGAAAGGAAGAGGAAUUUUGAUGGAUUUGAGGGCUGCAAUGGCACCUCAAUCAUCAGAAACAACGCAAGAAAUUGUAAUGGAAACAGAAAAAGAUUCUCCGCUGCAAGAAGGCCUUCGCCAAAGAACAUCUAACAAUAUGACGCGUUCUGAGAGCAGUAGCACCGUUGACAGCUCAAUUACGAGCUCAGAUACGGUAGAUGACGGAAAAUUUGACGGUAAGGUUGGUAAGGAAAAGGCUACGUAUGACAUAACGGCAAAUGGCGAAAGGGAUUCUUCGCGGUAUGUUAGCGGUGAUAGACAACAGUUUUCACUUCGCCCUUCUUUUCCCGCGCACAGGAAGCUCAAAGAGAGUCCUCUCAGCUCCGACGCCAUUUUCAAACAAAGCCAUGCGGGAUUAUUUAAUCUUUGUGUUGUGGUGUUGAUUGCUGUGAACAGCAGGCUGAUUAUUGAGAAUUUGAUGAAGUAUGGACUUCUGAUUCAAACUGGGUUCUGGUUUAGUUCCAAAAAUCUUAGAGACUGGCCACUUUUAAUGUGCGGGCUUACACUUCCACUCUUCCCAUUUUGUGCGUUUCUAGUUGAGAAAGCAGCUGUGCAUAAUCAUAUUUCUGAAUGGAGCAUACUUUUCCUACAUGUCAUCAUUACUAUGGCUGAAAUCUUUUAUCCUAUAUAUGUGAUCGAAAGGUGUCAUUCAGCGGUGUUAUCUGGCGUGGUACUUAUGCUAUAUGCAAGCACAAUUUGGCUGAAAUUGGUGUCCUAUGCACAUACUAAUCAUGAUUUAAAACUUCUUAAAAGUAAUGGUGAAAAGCCAGAGGCAUUUGUGGAUUCUGCUAGGGUGGACUAUCCAGCUAACAUCAAUUUAAGAAAUUUGGUGUACUUUAUGAUUGCUCCUACAUUAUGCUAUCAGACGAGUUACCCUUGCACUGCAAAUAUUCGCAAGGGUUGGGUUCUUCGUCAGCUUGGAAAAUUGGUCAUAUUCACAGGAGUCAUGGGCUUCAUUGUGGAACAAUAUAUGAAUCCAACUAUAAAGAAUUCACAGCAUCCUUUCAACGGAAACUUUCUUUAUGCUAUUGAAAGGGUAUUGAAGUUGUCCGUUCCGACUUUAUAUGUGUGGCUGUGCAUGUUUUACUGCUUCUUUCACCUGUGGCUUAAUAUAGUUGCAGAGUUGGUUCGAUUUGGGGAUCGUGAAUUUUACAAAGAUUGGUGGAAUGCAAAGACUGUGGAUGAGUAUUGGAGAUUGUGGAAUAUGCCUGUUCAUAAGUGGAUGGUUCGUCACAUCUAUUUCCCUUGUUUACGCCGAGGAGUGUCAAAGAAGGCUUCCAUCAUCAUUUCCUUUUUAAUUUCAGCUGUGUUUCAUGAGCUGUGCAUUGCAGUGCCUUGUCACAUGUUUAGGGCCUGGGCAUUCAUGGGAAUCAUGUGUCAGAUUCCACUGGUGGUGCUAACAAACUACUUGCAAAAUAAGUUUCAGAACACAAUGGUCGGGAAUAUCAUAUUCUGGCUCUUUUUCAGCAUUCUGGGGCAGCCAAUGUGUGUCCUACUUUAUUACCAUGAUGUUAUUAAUCAGGAGGAAAGGAGAAAGUAAGUGGUCCUGUUGAGAAGAAACAAACAGAAAUCUUGUAAAUAAGUGCUUUACCCAACGGCCCCGUUUCUUCCAUGUACAAACAGGCUAAUAGCAACUGGAUGAGAAUUUAAAUGGCGUUGAAAUCGCAGGCAAUUCUUUUUGCAGAUAGAAAUCUUGGGAAUCGCAAUAUAUCUUCAAUGAAAGCUUGGAUAAUUGAUCGAUGAAGUGUUACUAAAAUUAUAUGGUGGAUUCAUCAUCUAAAAUAAGAAAAUUGGGAACUGUUUUUCUAGAACAAAAUAUUAAAGUAGUGUAGUAUCAUAGAAGCUGCCAUAGAUUGUCAAUAGCAAAACAGGCUAGUCUCUUAGGUACAGCCAUAUUUUUUAAUUAGAGAAUUUUUUGUUUCAAAAUGAGGUAUAAAAGACAUUGAGAUAUAUGUGAGGCCAUUUUGCAAUGGCUUUUUGAAGCCAAUAAUUUGUAAUUUCAAGCAUUUUAAUGAAACUCAUUUAUUUGUUAUGCA